AAGAGAGUGGAUAAGUACAGAGAGAAAAAUAAAUAAAAAAGAAUGCAAAUAAAGCCGUAUUUCAUUACACACCAUUCUAACUAACAAAGAAGUAGGAAUCCGUCUCCUCAUUCAUCAUUCACUUUUUCUUUCUAUUUUUUUUCACCUUUCUAUCACUUCUCCCUCUCUCUUACACGGAUUUCUUCGUCAUCACCAAACAUGGCAAGAGGCGCCUCUCAAUCUCAGUCGGCAACAUCUGCCACCACCACCCGCCCGGGAGUCAUGGCUCCCCGCGGCUCCGCUGCCGCCACUGCCGGCAUGCGUCGCCGUCGCCUAGCUGGAGGCAGCACAGGCGGAAACAGCUCCGGCAGCGUUGGAGGCGGUGGAGGGCCUAGCAACAUGCUCCGGUUCUACACGGACGACGCGCCAGGACUGAAGAUAUCGCCGACGGUGGUGCUGGUGAUGAGCCUCUGCUUCAUCGGCUUCGUCACCGCCCUACAUGUCUUCGGCAAGCUGUACCGCUACAAAGCCGGCGCCAACGCUUGAUCCUUCAACUUCCGAUCCGAUCGGAUCUCCUUUGAAUUUGUUCUUCUUGUGAUCCGUGCCCUAAUUAAGAGCUUGAUUUUCGAUUCUCCUUUUUGUAAUUCAACGCUGCGUUUUAUGUUCUCGCUUUAACAGGGUUAAUCUUUUUUUCUUUUUUCUGGAUGCUGUAAAUUUUCCGUGGGCUUAAUUUUGAAUUAGACUUGCUAAUUUUGCAGC